AUGCGCGUGGCAACCAUCCUCGCCGCCCUCUCCGCGGCCACAUUCGUCGCUGCCGCCCCCGGCCUCGCCCCUCGGCAGGACGACUCUCCCGCCGUGCCCGAGGUGCCCGAGACCCCAGAGGUUCCCGAAGUCCCUGAGACCCCCGAGAAGCCGGCGGAACCCGAGGAACCCGAGGAGCCCGAAGAGCCCAAGGAACCUGUCGAGGCCCCUCCCAAGACUCCCUCCCCCUUCGAGGGCAAGAAGCUCUUCGCCAACCCCGAGUGGUCCAAGAAGCUCGACCAGACCUACGACGCGUUCGAAGCGGCCGGCGAUGCCGAGAACGCCGCCAAGGUCCGCGUGAUUCAGAAUAUCGGCACGUUUGUCUGGGUAUCCAACGUUGCUAGUCUCAAGAACAUCGAUGCCGCGGUUGAGACGGCUCGCGAAAUCCAGAAGGAGACGGGUGAAGAGCAGAUCAUCGGCCUAGUCCUCUAUGACCUGCCCUCAAGGGAUUGCUCCGCCGGCGAAAGCAGCGGCGAGUUCCUCGUCGAAGAAGACGGCCUCGAGCGAUAUAAGGAGGAGUACAUCAAGCCGUACGCAGAGAAACUAGCAGCCGCCGACGACCUCACUUUCGCCGUCGUGCUCGAGCCAGAUUCGCUCGCCAACGCAAUCACCAACACGGAGAUUCCCCUGUGCGAGGAGGCUGUCCCCGCCUACGAGGAGGGUAUUGCCUUUGCCAUCUCGCAGCUUCAGUUUGACCAUGUGCAUUUGUACAUCGAUGCAGCGCAUGGUGGCUGGCUCGGUUGGGAUGAUAAUCUCGAGCCUGCCGCCAAGGAAUUCGCCAAGGUCGUCAAACUGGCCGGCGAAGGCGCUCGCAUCCGCGGCUUCGCCACCAACGUCUCCAACUACAACCCCUUCAACGCUACCGUCCGCGAGAAUUACACCGAAUACUCCAAUUCCUGGGACGAGAACCACUACACGCAGUCCCUUGCCCCCUUCCUCGAAGCCGAGGGUCUCCCCUCCAACUUCAUCGUCGACCAGGGCCGCGUCCAGCUUCCCGGGGCUCGAGAGGAGUGGGGGGCGUGGUGCAACAUCCCCGCUGGGUUCGGAGCUAUUCCAGGGUCGUCGACUGGGAAUAACACGCUUGUGGAUGCUCUAGUUUGGAUCAAGCCGGGUGGUGAGUCGGAUGGGCAGUGCGGGCUGGAAGGUGCGCCUAGGGCUGGGCAGUGGUUCGAUGAGUACGCUCAGUUGCUUGUCAAGAACGCACAUCCUGAUAUUGUCGUCCCCGGUGCCGACUCUGGUGAGGAGGAUGGUGAUACUGAGGGAGAUGCCGAUGAAGAGGCUGGUGGAGAUGAGUGA